UGCUGGCUGUCAUUUUUUUUUACUUGUCGCCCACUGACCUCGGGAUCCGGGGUGUUUAUCUUGCUAACCCGGUUCUCAUAAUGGACAGUUUGGAAAAACCGCAAGACCCCAAGGAUAAUGGCGUGAAGCGGCCGUCGUUGGAUGUCGAGAGUUUGCAGCGGAAGAAGUUCAAGACGGAGGAGCUUCCUUUGACUGCUGGACAACACGGUGCUAUUGAGAACCUCCUUCACAGUUUUAAGAAAAAGGGAGGAUUUGAUAGUAUUCGGAAGAAAAUUUGGUCCGAAUUUCAAGAUGGAGAAGGGAAAGUUGAAUUCACAAAACUAAUAGUUGACCUUGCCGAUUCCGAGAUUGAGCGCGAACCCCAGCUUCUCUCCCGUGAGCAGGGUAAGGCUGCGACCUUGAUUGAGGGCGCUGUGGACCGUAGCGAUGUCUACAAGACUGUGGAGAGAGCUUUGGAUGCGCUGGCCGCAAAUCAGCUCGCAUCUAUACUAGAGUCCAUCAGAGAGAUUCGCCGCCAAGAUGUUGGGGGGAAAGCGGCCGCCCAGGAGGAACAGGCGGGGAAUAAAACAGACGAGGAGUACGCCAUUUUUGUGAAGGCCAAACGAGAUGAACGUGAGAAGGUGUGGCAGGAGGAACAACGGAAACAGAAAGAACUCGACGAAGAAGACGCCCGUCGAAAAGCCGAAGAGGAUCGCAAAAAACGUGAGAUUCAGCGCCAGAAGGAUGAAGAAGAGAGGGCUAGAAGGAGGGAGCGUGAGGAGCAACGGCGCGCAGAGCAGCGGUUAUUGGAUGAACAAAGAGAAAAGGAGCGCCAGGAGCGAUACGAGCGGCGGAGACGAGAAGAGCGCGAAAGAUAUCGAGAUUGGGGUUAUCGUGACCGAGAUCGCAGUCGGUCUAGAGACAGAGACCUGGAAAGAGAUCGCGACAGGGAUAGGGAUCGAGACUAUCGCUACCGGGACCGCUCCCCAGGCUAUCGCUCUGAUCGUGGCUUGUCACCCCGUCAUCGUGAAUCAAGAAGAGAUAAAUCCCCCCCUUCAAAAGAACCUACACCGCCACCUGCUCCUGCCCCCGUGGACGAAAAGGCUUUGGAAGAGACUGCGCUACAACUCCUCUUAAAGGAAGGCGAGGAGCUGGCAGCCAAAGCCCGACAGAAGCCUGAGUUCGACUUCGAAGAAGCCGAGGCAAUAGAGAACGGACUCAAACCGCCGACUACUCGACCUAAGGGCGUUUCUGAGUCCAAGCACUCAAACACCCCCACCAAAUCCGGAAGCCCUUCCGGUGAGCCAGAUCGCAACCGGCGACACGGAUCAACGAUGACCGAUGACCGGAAUCGACGACGUGAUGACAGUCGCAGCCGUUCAAGGAGGCGCGGGUCUCGAUAUGACGAUAAUCGGAAUGGCCGUUCGCGCGAGGUAUCUGACCGGACGCGUGAUCGAGAUCCGGAUGACAGACUUGCAAUUCGGGACUUCCGGGAGGAUCGAUAUGGUGAUCGGAGUUAUCGACCAAGCCGUCGUAGCAGGAGCAGAUCUGCCACUCGGGCAUAUGAUAGGGAUAGAGACCGAGAUCGUGACCGAGAUCGUGACCGUGACCGUGACAGAGAUAGAGAUAGGGACAGGGACAGGGAUCGAAGGUCAGACCGUGAGAGAGAUCGUGCUCGAGAUGAACGUGAUAAAGACCACGAGUAUCGCCGGGACCGCAGCCGAGAUCGCGGUGACUACCGUCGACGAGGUAGCCACUACUCUCGAUCUCGUUCACGUCCUCGCUCACCCAACCGGGAUCGAGACCGUGAUAGGGAACGAGACAAGGCUCGCCCUAGAGAGCGGGAAAGGUCAAGGGACCGGGACCGAGACCGAGAGGGAGACAAGGAAAAGGAGAAGGAAAAAGAUAAAGAUAAUGGAAAGGAAAAAGAAAAGGAAAAGGAAAGAGAGAGAGAGAAGGAUAGGGAGCGGGACAGGGAGAGAGAUCGAGACAGACCCUCGGAGAAAGAACGGGAUAAGGAUCGAGAGAGAGAACGGGACAGAGAUAGAGAGAGGGAUAGAGAACGGGACCGUGUCCGAGAACGAAGAGUCUCUGCGUCACCCCGCCGAAGGUCUCGCUCUCGUCGUCGUUCCCGCUCCCGACGACGCUCUCCCAGUCUCCUCGAUAUCGACCGUUACGUGCCGCCAACCAGUCAUCGCAGCCGGUCUCCUCGCCGACGCGUGCGCUCCCCUGAACACCCUGAUGAACGGUCCCGGGCGUUUGUAGAGAUUGAUCGAUACAUACCUGGCGGUGAUCGAGAGCGGGAUAGAGAAAGAGAGCGAGACCCGAAGGCGCAGAGUUGGCGACCAGGCGAUGCGGAAGAGAAGCCAUUGCCUAGGGAGAAGGCAGUUCAGUCGUCGUGAUUUGGAUAAUGCAUGCCCGCUUCUCCCAUGUACCCCUACUACCACUAUUACUACUAUCAUAUACAUUACCCAGGUACCUACCCAGUUAAGACACAGCGUCGAAGUUAAUAUAAUCAAUGGUCAUGAAAUCAUCCCUCCA